CUUUGGAACAGACAUGAUCAUUAAGACACGGUAAAAGGACCAAAAUGAAGAUGAUGUGGAUUUAUAUGCUGUUUUUGAGCUCAGUGAACAGUGAGGGUGAAAACGUGAAAGGAUUUGCAGGAGGCAGCAUCAUCAUUAAAUGUAACUUUAAGAAGUUACAAAGAGAGAAAGAUAAAUAUUUCUGUAAGAUGGAUGCAAAGACAACUGUAAACAAAUGUCCAUAUGAGAGUAUGUCCACUGAAAAAGACAAAAGAUACUUUAAGUAUUACAACACCACCAGCGGAACAUUACAAGUUCACAUCAAAAACCUCUCUAAGGAAGAUGCUGGGCAGUACCGAUGUGGAGCUGUCAAUGGUGACCACAUCCCAGUGACCCUGACAGUCAAAAAAGGUAAUGAGUUUAUAUCUGCUUUGGCCUCUACACAUUUACUUACCAGUUAUGCUAGUGUGUUACAGUAAGUAUGUAGGCCUGUUGUUUUUAUUGUAUUUAAUUCAAAAGAGCAUUUUUAAUUCAAAAGAGCAUUUCCA